AUGAAGUGGAUCUGGAACAACACAACACGUAUCGCAUUCGGAGAACACUGCGUCGUCGAACACCUGAAAGACUUCGUCAAACCUCAUUCGCGCGUCCUCGUUACAUUCGGAGGAGGCUCAAUCGACAAGAACGGUGCUCGCACAGAUGUCACAAAAGCACUCGCAGACCUUGAGUGCGAGACAGCUUGGGAGGGCGGAAUCCCACCUAACCCAGAGAUCAACAGACUCUUGGAGAUCUCUAACUCCGCGAAGAACUUCAAACCAGACUUGCUCCUCGCAGUCGGAGGCGGCUCUGUCAUCGACGCAACAAAGUUCAUCGCAGCAGCAAUGAACAUCGACGAUUCUGUCGACCCUUGGGACAUCGUCUCGAAGGGCUUCUUGCCAGAGAAGAUCACACCAAUCGGAGCAGUCCUCACAAUACCAGCGACAGGCUCUGAGUGGAAUGACGGAGCUGUCAUCUCGAGGAGGAGCACACAUGAGAAACUAGUCAUGUACUCAAUAUACCCAACAUUCUCGAUGCUCGAUCCGAUAUACACAAUGACAAUACCAAUAAGACAGCUCAGGAAUGGUCUCUACGAUGCAAUGACACAUUGCAUAGAUCAAGUUAUCACACCACACGUUCUCCCGAUGAUGGACAACUUCUUCUUCUCAGUCAUGAGAGAGCUCGUCGACAUCUCAGGACCACUCCUCUCCAAGGACAAGUCUUCGCUCGAAAUCCACGAGAGGCUCAUCCAAGUGUGCAGCUUCGCUAUGAACUACAUCUUCGGACUUGGAAAGGACAAGUGCUUCGGCAUACUACAAUCGGACAUAUGCUGA